AUAUAUUUUGUGUUUGAUAAAGUAAUGUUUUAUUUUAUAAAAUAAUAAUAAAUACUAUAAUAAAUACUGUAUAUUAUAAUUAAGAUAAAUGUAAUCAGCGCAUAACAUACGUAAUUCGUGACACUUUUUAAAAGUUAUUGCAAAAAAAUAUAAAAAAGCACAUUGCUUAACUCAUCUCUGAUGGCCUACUGAGCAGUUUCGCAUUGUGGAGUGCAAUAUCAUUGAAAUUAAACAUAUAUAUGCGGGUAAAUGCGGGAAAGAUGCUAAGAGAAAUGUUUCACACCCGUAUAAAAAAACGCAAACAUUAAAUAAUAUUUUGUAAUACAUCUACACUAAUUUGUUUAAAAACAGAAAAGUUUCAAGCAAUCUCAAACAUUGAUUUAAUGACGUUUAAUGAAUAUUUAUUUUGUAAGGAUUAUUAUCUUGUUAUAAUUAUUUCCUUAUCUUUGUUUUCUUAUCUGUUGUAAUAUACUUCCUUCCUUUCAACAAACUACCGGGUAAAUUAUCGGUAUCUUACCAACACAUUAUUGAUAUAAUUAUCGCGAUCAUUGGCAGUAUUACGUUUUGCGGUUUCUUUGCAUCCGGCAAAAAUCUUUCGUAUAUCCUUAAAAAAUGGAAUUUUCAAAAGUAGCGACGCAAUUAAUUCUUCAGCAAAACAACUUUUCCAUAGACAAUCACUCCAAAAAAAUCACUGUUUCAUUCGGCGAUCCGAUUGUUCCUCGGAUGGAACACCUCGCACGCGGAAACGCGUCCUUUUACGACAUUCGAACGCGGAGAGAAUCGGCGGUAUAAAAUGAUGCGUUCAUCAGUUCGCGCGAUCAUACGCCGAGUAGUGUGCGGCAGGCACCGGACCACCGAUUCAUAACGACAGAUUUUCAAAUCCAAACAGCAAUGUCGCCGAUAUCUGGGAUACUUAUAUUUGUCAUUUCCAUUGUGGCUACUUCGAAUAUCGGUUCCGUUACCUCAUCUUCUCAAGACUGUGCAACCAACUCCGAGUGCAAAUCAAAUUCCUGCUGUUUGCUAGGGCCUUCAAGAUACGCGAUACCGACUUGCAUGCCGUUCCAACAAAAAGGUGAACAAUGUCGAGUAAAUGCUAAAACCAUCACAACCACCUUGUUUUAUCCAGAUGGUUCGCAAGUGGAAGUUAAAGAUAUCCACUCGAUUUUGUGCCCUUGUGCCGAUGGAUUAUCCUGCGACCCGAAACGUGGCAUCUGCAAAUAGAAGAAUUUAUCAAUUAAAGCGCUCGGAGAACAUUAUGAUUAUGUAGGACCAGAUAUUUCAGGGGUUAUUAGAAAAAUCAACAUUAAAAAUUUUUUUGGAUUGCAUGCAGCCUGCUGAUUGUCAUAGUCGGAAUAUGUUUACGAAUAAUUAAAGCAUUGUUAAUUAUUAUUAUUAUUAUUAUUCUAGCUGUUAUCUAGCUGUUAGUUUAGUGCAUUAUUAUAUUUUUAUUAUUUUUUAUUAUUAUUAAUUACACCAAAAAUUAAUUACACAGAAAAAACUUUGUUGAAGUAUGUGAAAAUAAAUAUGUUGGAUCAUUAAAAUAAUUAUAUUAAAUGUUUAAACUGAUUUUAUUAAUAUGUCAAAACUUUUUGCAACAAUGUCAUUAUGUUUUCUUACUUAAUUCUUUUGUAAUUCAAUAUAAAAUUAAUUUUCAGAAUUGUAUCUAAUUUAACCGCUUUUCAAACAUCGCACUAAAAUUAUUCUUUCUGUGUAGUGAUUGUAAAUAAUAAAUUAAGAUAUUGAAUUCUA